AUGGCUAUAGCCCCGCGCAUUAUAGUACUCUCCAGCAUACUGGUACUCCUGCUUGCUGCCAAUAUUUGUACAACAGCAGAUGCAGCGAGUUUCGACUGGAGCUGCGCCGUAAAUGUUUCCAAUUUUGAAUUCAAUGUAACACGAAUAUCUGGCAUUUGGUAUGAAACAGCGAGACUGCCAGAGACGGUAGUUCCGGCUUGCGUACAAGUAACUGCCCCACUUACGCCCGUCGAUGGCAACUACAGUCUUCAGCUGAACUAUUUCAAUAACGUCAACAAUGGUUGGAAGAAUACAAGUGAAGUUCUCGACUUUAAUUGGGAUGAAAAGACUCGAAAUGGCACAUUCGAAAUUGUAUAUGUAAACAGCGUAGUCAGCAUUACUGUAAUUUUCAAAUUGAUUGCAACAGAUUAUAAUACAGUAGCGCUCGUAUGCGGGUACUCGCCUUUAGCGCCACAAGUCAGCAUGAUGAAGAUACUAACCAGACAUGCGCCGUUGAACUCGACGCUCGUUGACAAGAUCAAUGAUUUAGCCAGUGCUUAUGGCGUUGGUUCACAAAUUACCUGGGUGGAACAUUCAAGCAGAUGCAAUUCAGCCAACAAAGCAAUGCCGUCGGUGUUACUCGCUUUCGGUUUGCUGUAUGAGCUUCAGCAAGUUUUAAAAUUGGUUUUACGAUCAAAACCCAUAAGGAAUUAA